GACCAUGAAACGCAAGGAUCGUCUUACGUUAUAAAAACUCCUGUCGACGGCAGAACAGAGUUAGUUGUGCGUGGUGGAUACUGUCCGGAUACAACAUGACUGUGUGUUUAAGAAUGCUGGGCCUUAUGGCCGUUACAAUCGGUCAUAUAACACAAGGUAUGAUCAUCUACAACCCGACUUCGUACACGAGCCGGUAUACGGAUCCGUGUUCGCCAAGCCCGUGCGGUUCUAACACUCAGUGCCGCGUGGCCGAGGGAAGACCCGUUUGCAGCUGUCUGCCCGGCCACUGGGGAAAUCCGACGACCUACUGUCAACGCGGCGAGUGCGAAGUCAAUCAAGACUGCGCAAACUCGAAAGCUUGCCGUAAUUACAAAUGUGAAGACGUAUGCUCAGGACAAUGUGGACGUAACGCUGACUGCUCGCCCAGGAAUCAUAUUGCUGUGUGUUCCUGUCCAGCCCGCCAUAUCGGUGAUCCAUCAGUGUCUUGUCGCCAAAUGGACCCACAAGAACUAUGCUACCCCAGCCCGUGCGGCCAAAACACCAAAUGCGAAGUGAUCAACGACGUGCCGGUGUGCACCUGUCUUUCGGGUUACAUAGGUUCACCUUCUUCUGGUUGCCGUCACGAAUGCGACUCAGACUACGAUUGUGGUCCAUCCCAGAUGUGCCAACAGUACAAGUGCACAUCAGCAUGCUCUCCAGGAACUUGUGCUCCGACUGCGAUAUGUGAUGUCCACAACCACCGGGCUUCAUGUUCGUGUCCAAAGGGUUACUUUGGCGACCCGUACACAUCGUGCCGGGCCGAGUGUCUGUCGCACGCCGACUGCCCGGUGGACCGUCCGGCGUGCUCUGGCGAGCGGUGCGUGAACCCAUGCAGCGGCAGCGUGUGCGGCGUCAACGCCAACUGCGAGGCGCGGGGCGCGACGCCUAUAUGCAGCUGCCCGCGGACCAUGACCGGUGACCCGUUCGUCCGGUGCCGUCCGUUCGAGCCGGCCGACCUCUGCGAACCGAACCCGUGCGGCGAGAACGCCCGGUGCCAGCCCGGCCACGACGUCACCGGCAAGGAGAGGCCGGUGUGCACGUGCCUGCCCGGUUACACGGGCGACGCGCUCACCCGGUGCAGGCGCGGCGAGUGCUCCGUCGACGCCGAGUGCCGUCACGACCAGACGUGCGUCGACUACCAGUGCAGGAACGUGUGCACGGGCCAGUGCGGCGUGGACGCCGAGUGCAACGCCCGCAACCGGGUGGCCACGUGCUCCUGUCCGCCCGGUUACACGGGCCACGCCAUGACCAGGUGCUAUCCGAAGUCGACGACAUCCGGGCGCGUUUACUACAACAACCGCAAGAAGUGAACAUAAAUAUUAUUAUUAUUAUAAUCAUUAUCGGGUGUACAGCCGUCGUGUCACAUACAAUAUUAUAAUAGCAUUACCGCCGUUAUUGGACCGUUUAUUGGACGCCGUUUGUAUGGUUGGUACUAUUGGUGGGCUAACACCCCCCGGUACCGUACAACUGUCAUGAGAAUGUUCGACUUCCAGGCCGAUCGUUCAAUGAUAAUUUAUGCGUGAACAAUUUAAUUUUACUUAUCCCAGCUAACGUGUAGUUUUAUUAUUGUUAUUAUUUAUAUUUUGUUGCCAUAUCAUUGUGAAAGUUUAAGCUCGGCGUUAUAGCUUACGUAUAUCUGAAAUUCAUAUUAUUAUUAUAUUAAAAUAAAAUUAUGCGGUAAGUAAACACGCUGUACACCAACACAAUGUUAAUAUUAUUACAUUAUCUAUGGAUAAUUUUCAGUUUCUUAAAUAUUAUACCGUUACCAUUUUUUAUUUUUUUUAAAUAAUACAUAAUUUAUUUUUACAUUCUAAA